AUAGUUACCGGAGAAAUUCAAGAGUAUCAAGAUGCGUGUACUAGAAGUUAUUGCUCUCCUCGCUUUCCUGGCCAUUUCCGCUGUGAUGGCACAUCCAUCUGCGAACAACAGCAGUGAUCAAGGAUUAGGAUUCAAUUUGGGAUCCCUUAUUCCUUUUCCUAGAUUUCCCAAUUUUGGUGGAAUCGGUCAGUAAACACUUUAAACACUCCCCCCACUCCAGGGAUAUGAACUAUUGCAAGAAAUGAUCUAGAAAACCCACAACGAACUUUUAUUGUGUCGAAAAAAAAAUAUUUCCAAAAAUAAUAUACAAGCUUGUAAAACUUUCCAUUGAGACAAUUGUUCAAAUACCAAAGCGCAAAUAAAGAUUUUGUAGUAGAUACUGCGAAACGGCAAAAA